UCACAUUUUGAGUUCAGGAAGUCGUGUAAUUUCAUUGGUGCUCACGGUGGGCGGGCCCUGCGCCAGCUAACCGCCGCCGGGUUUUGAAUUUUGAACAGAAGGGAACGAAAGAGGUGAGGAGGAGAAGCUGCUGCGCGGUAAUGGGAGAGGAUCCGGGCUGUAGAAAUCUGAAUAUGGAAAAUCUGACGGAGAACAAGCAGCAGCAGCCCCUGAAGAUGUCUCGUCUGCCUGUACCUCCGAGCAGAAAGAGGGCGCUGAGUGGUGAGAUGGAGAAUUUACCGAGUUUAAAGACCAAUCUGGAGAAACGUUUUAAAACUUCAUCCCCAGAAGGAGGGACAGCAAAGAUUCGCGUGGCAGCGAGCAUUGCCACCACCAGGCACCGCGUGGCCCCUGCUGCAGCUUUUCCGAAGCAACAAGUGAUCGGUCGGCAGUCUCUCCAAGUCCUACAGCCGAAGAACAGGGUGCAGACUGCAGCUGCUCCGGCUAAGCUGAAAGCGUCUGUCUCAGCUGCUCGGGCAGAAGCCCCUUCAGCGAAUAAGAAGCGUGCCGCCUGGGACCUCAAGGGUCAGGUCAACGACAUGCGGGACAAAGUCUCAACAUUCAAAGGCAAAGUGCAGACUCUGUCCGGGGAGAAUGCUCGUCUCCAGACCACCAAGGAGCAGCUGCAGAGGCAGGUCACGGCGCUAUCCAGUGAGAACUCUCAGAUCAGCCAGCAGUUGUGCGACGUGUCGUCCAAGCUGCAGUCUCGACAGGAGAAACUGGCGGACUCUGAGAAAGAGGUGCGGCGGCUCACCGAUCUCUGCCGGCGGCAGGAAGCGGAAUUGGCUACUGAGAAGGGCGCCGUAGAAGAGCUAAGGGCGGCCAGUCAGAGUAUGACACAGCUGCUGAAGGACAAAGAGGUUAAAUUGAUUCGUUUGGAGGGUGAAAGCUCAAGGCUGCAGACCCUGGUAAAAGACCAGCUUGAGGAGAUUGUUGCCCUAAAAUCUAGUGUGGCAGAGAAGGAAACCCAAAUAUACACACUGGAGACAGAGCGCAGGAGGCUGCACAACACUGUGCAGGAGCUUAAGGGGAACAUCCGUGUGUUCUGCAGAGUCCGGCCGCCCAUACAGUCUGAGCGCAGUCUACCUACUGGGCACAUUGUCUUUCCCAGCGAUGAUGAGAGGGCCAUUGUGUUAACAAAGACUGAGGAGUCACACAUUGGUCGGGAGAAGAGUCAGUCUCUCAAAUAUGACUUUAAUUUUGACUGCAUCUUCCCACCGUCAACCAGUCAGGCUGCAGUGUUUGAGGAGAUCUCUUUGCUGGUUCAGUCGGCCCUUGAUGGGUAUCCUGUGUGUAUAUUUGCUUAUGGCCAAACUGGCAGCGGGAAGACCUACACCAUGGAGGGUCCGGAUAAUGUCUCUGGGGAUACUGUAGGAAUGAUACCCCGAGCAAUUAGGCAGAUCUUCAGCAGUGCAGAGGAGUUGAAGACUAAAGGGUGGCAGUAUAAGUUCACGGCCAGUUUCCUGGAGAUUUAUAACGAGACCCUACGGGACCUGCUGGUAAACCGUCCAGAGAAGAAACAAGAAUACGAAAUACGGAAAGUCAGUUCGUCCAGCAAUGAUGUCUAUGUCACCAAUUUGCAUUAUGUGGAAGUUGCCAGUGUGGAAGAGGUACAUGACCUUCUCCAGACAGCAAAAACCAAUCGCUCUGUGGCAAAAACUGUCCUGAAUGACCGGUCGUCUCGCAGCCACAGUGUUUUCCAGCUGAAAAUUGAGGGGAAGAACAGUCUGAGAGAUGUCCGGACAUCAUCUGUCCUUAGCCUGAUAGACCUCGCAGGGAGCGAGCGGCUAGAUCGGUCACUGUCUACAGGAGAACGGCUAAAGGAAACCCAGAGUAUAAACACCUCCCUGUCCACACUAGGGAUGGUGAUCACCUCACUGUGCAACAAGGAUGCACACAUCCCGUACAGGAAUAGCAAGCUGACCUAUCUCCUGCAGAACAGCUUGGGAGGCAACUCUAAAGUGUUGAUGUUUGCAAACAUAUCUCCUUUGGAUGAAAACUUUGCAGAGUCUCUCAACUCCCUCCGGUUUGCCAGCAAGGUUAAUGAGUGUGUGAUCGGCACAGCGCGAGCAAACCGGAAGUGAGUUUUAUGGUCUACAGUGGUUCCAGCGGUCAUUUUUAUUAAUUGUGGUUUUUAGACUUUUUUUUUUUUUCUUUCUUUUUUUUUGUGCUUGUACAUAUGUAAAUAUAAAUGUGACUGUGUAUUAUAUAAAUCACUCUUCCUUUUUAAAUGUU